AGCAGUCACAGGAAGCUGUUUUAUAUACUGUUGGGUGGUUUUGUCUGUAGCAUUGGGUCAUGUUUUAUAAACUGAUUAUACGUUUUGUAAGUAAAAUCUUAAUCUGCAAAGUAAAGCUGUUACUGUAUAAAUGUAACUGAAAUGUAGCAGAGUAGACGUAUAAAGUAGCAGAAAAUGGAAAUUACCUAACAGUUGUUUCUUAAGUUAAAACAGUAACUCUUAGUUACUUUCCAGCAGUGUCCUAAUAUUUAAAGAAUUCUGCAUGUGGCAUGACGCAGAAAUAAAUCUUAAGUCAGAAGUACUGAGAGUGAUACAUCUGCACAAUUCUGCAGCAUGUUUGUCAACUGUUGCCUCUUGAUGAGAUAGUCCAUAAAACCAGAGCACUGACCUCCUGCAUGACACUGACCUUCUUCCUAAGCAGGAGAGGCUGAAUAUCAUAGAAAGCUGUGAGAAAACAAAAAACAUGAUUUAAUUGUCAGCAUGUGUCCAGGGUUUCCACUUGUUUACAUGAUGCUGUUCACACAGGAUGUGGCUCUGGUCAAAUUCAAUCCUAAACCAUUUUUGACAUUUAACAGUCACUGCCUCACUCCUCCAUUUCUUUGUUUAUCACACAAGCCUCUUGCACUCAUCACAGCCUCUAUAAGCCCUGUAUUCUUUGAAGCUAGAUUGUGCCGGCUGCUGUUAGAGGUUUCAUAUAAGUGGGUCACUGUACACCCAUAUAUUUCACCUUCAGAAAGCAGGGCCCCAGGCUGAAGUCAGGGUUGUGAAGUGUGUUUACUGUGUACACACUGUGGGGCUCACGCAACCCUGCUCUCAUAUGGGUAGUUAACAUUUAACAGAGAAGAACCUGCAGGGUUAUCACCCUUUGUGGAUAGGUAGUCACAGGAUAUCUUACUUCAUCAUAAUCCAGCUGAAAAUUGCAAGGGUGUGUGCACCACAAAUGAGUUUUCUUGCAUUAUAUGUGUUUGUGUGUAUGUGUGGCUGUAGAGUGAAAGUUGGAGCGGGUGGUGCUGUAGAAACAGAGGUCAACCUUUCUUGCAGGCUGCUGAAUGGAAUGAUGUCUCACUGCAGGACACUAAAGCAACAAUUGCUCUUAUCAAUAAGAGGCAACAUUUUGUAUCAGGUGGCAUUUUUGUCUUUAGACUGACAGAAGACUGCUGCUCAGCCACAUUAGAUGCAUUACAUGGAUCUAUAUAUUAAACACAUCAGGAUCAAAAUCAAUGACACAAAACAUUGCAAAACCAUGAACUUGUAAGUCAUAUUUCUCAAUCCACUCUAUAUGUAAACUGGGUCACCUUCCUGUUUAAAAAUAAACCAGCCACACAACAAUAACAGACACCAGCUGUGGCCUCAGCACAGGUAACUACGGGUCAGGUGAAAACAGUGUGUCAUGCUGUCCGAGCUCAGAGAAAAAAAAUAUCCUUUGGUUGUUUGUGUUGCUAGGUUGUGAAGACACAUAUCAUAGACGUGCAAUGUCCAUGGUUGGUUUCUGACCGGGCACCUUUCUUGCAUGUUCUCACCCUAUGUCCACUCUGUCUCUAACAUAUCAGUUGAAUAAAAGCAAAAAAAAAAAGCCAAAAAAAAAAGUGUGCUGCAGGUAGAUAAAAAAUUAAAUGACUGUGUAAAUGGAACCUGGUGGGUGCAAGUUAUGUGUUCAGUCUAAAUGCAGGAAAAUUGUAAGCAUUGCGAACUGGGCUGAGCCUAUUUGAUGCAGAAAAUCUCAUCAUAAUGUAAAAUGAAAUGCACAAUAUUCUUAAUCUUCAUUAAAUGAUUUUAGCACUAUUGUAUUCUGUUAAAUCUCUGCAACAGAUGAAGAUACUAAGCAGUGAAUUAACAUUUAAUGUGAUGAUUAUAUCAAAACUAAUCAUAAAAAUUUGUCAUACUGUAUCUAGCUGAAUAUUAAGUCUUAUUCCACUCAGCAGGAGGAAACUUUAUCCUGCAUGUUGGACCAAAUGAUCCAGUUAAUCAUUAACCUGAUUCCUGACACUGUAUAAAGCUCAGGACCUUCACCCAGCAGCUCCUCAUCCAGUGACAGAGGAGGGAGAGGGCGGCCAGUUGUUCCCCUGACAUCAUCGACACACAGCUGGAGAAGCAGCACGACAACAACAUGAAAAUAACACUAAUUCCCUUUUUGUUUGUGCUGGCUGCUGCCUGUGUCCCCGUCCUCUGUGACAAAGAGGAACCAACUGUCGCCCAGCCUGAGGCUCCUGUUGAAACCCGCUCCCGUUUUGCCGCUCUGGACGAUGUGCGUCUACUGGCGAACGGCCUCCUCCAACUGGGUCAGAGCCUGCGGGAGUUUGUGCAGAAGACAAAAGGACAGAUAAAUGACAUCUUCCAGAAGAUCAACAUCUUCGACCACUCUUUCUACCAGCUGUCUGUGCUGGCCAGUGAGAUCAAGGAGGAAGAAGAGGAGCUGAGGAAGACCACGGUGGUACUGAAGGCCAACAAUGAGGAGAUCAAGGGCCUAUCUGUUGAGAUCAACUCCAAGGUGGACAACAUUCUGCAGGAGAAGAAUCGGCUACAGAACAAGGUGGAGGGCCUGGAGGAGAAGCUGAGCGGUCUGCUCCAGGGCCUGGUGACUGGCGAGCAAGCGGCAGAGAUCAACGGCCUUAGGGCGGUGAUCCACAGCCAAGAUCAAAGCAUCACAGAGCUGCUGAAAGCUGUGAGGGAGCAGAGUGACCAGCUCAACCACCAGAGGAUAAAGAUAAAGGCUCUGGAGGAAAAGCUUACAGCCAACACAUUUGCCCAAGAGACCAUCGAGAGGAUGUCUGAAAUGUUCACCAAUGAAGCACCAACACUCACCCCUUAUCUGACCUCCAGCUCCACCCACAGCGCCGGAAUGAUGAAUCUGCCGCCAGACUGCAGUGAGCUGUUCAACAGAGGGGAGCGAGUCAGCGGCGUGUACGCCAUCAGACCCAACGGAUCGGAGCCCUUUAUGGUCUUUUGUGAUAUGAGUAAAGACCACGGAGCAACAGUCAUCCAGCGAAGGAGAGAUGGUUCAGUGAAUUUUGAUCAAACCUGGGAGAAGUAUGAAAAUGGAUUUGGAGAUUUUCAAGGGGAGUUUUGGCUGGGUCUCAGGAAGAUACACUCUCUAGCUGCUCAGGGCAACUCUGUCCUUCACAUCCAGCUGGAAGAUUGGAAACAGAGCAGGCGCUUUUUCGAAUACAGAUUUUACCUUGGUGGUCCAGAGAGCAACUACACCAUUCACCUCACACAUCUGUCUGGAGAUCUGCCUGACCCCAUGAGCAACCAUACAGGCAUGAUGUUCUCCACCAAGGACAGGGACAAUGACAAGAACCAGGACUCCAACUGUGCCUACAACUACACAGGUGGAUGGUGGUUCAAUGCCUGUGGAGACACCAACCUGAAUGGGAGAUACUUCCACAUGAGACCAAAGGGACGUUCAGAGCGUCGGAGAGGGAUCCAAUGGAGGCCUGCCCGAAAGGCUUCUGACUCCCUCAAGUUCACUCAGAUCUCUGUUCACCCCGCGGCUCCCCACAGCACCGCCUCCUCCACAUCGGCUUCAUCUGAGACAGGCGUCUUAACCUACCAUUACAGACAUUCUCCAGUGAAAAUACUCAACACCAACCAGCAGUAUAUAUAGUAGCCUCUUCAGGAGUGCCUUGGCAAUGCUCCAUGUGGGCAGUUUCAGAAGAGUCAGAGAGGAAGAUGUUUCCUCAGACUUUCAAAUCCCAGUAGAUUAAAGUCACACAGGAUACUAACUUAAAGGGAAACUUCAGUAUUUUUCAACGUGGACCCUAUUUUCCCAUCAUUUUGCAUCUAAGUGACUAAUGUGGACAAAAGUUUUUGAAAUUGGUCCAGUAUUGAGCGAGAGGUCUUCAGCCAGUAGCCGUGAAACAGGCUGCAAUAUAGUCCCUGGGGGAAAUUGUGUCCCUGAGGAUAACAAAUAGUGGUCCAGGUUGAAAAAUACCAACAUUUUCCAUUAACUUUACAUUUCUGAUGUGUCCCAAACAGAGAGAGCCAAAAGACUGUGUUUCUCCCUGUGGCUGGGAUCGUUUCUAAUAUGAUGGAAUCUAAAAUAUACUGAAGUGCUAACUGCUUGUUCAUCCUCAUACUGUAUAAAAUAUAUCUUCACUCACCGUAUCUCAGAGGUCAAAGGUUAUAGAGGAGAAAUUAAAACAGUUAUCAUAUUGGGUCACAUUGACUCUCAGUAUACAGCACUGAUUCCCAACCAAGGUGACAGGACCUUUGAAAGGGUACAGGGUGGGAAAGAAUACAAAAUAUAAUUCUGCUACAGCACAGACUUUUUGCAUUAGAUUUACUUUUUCUGUCCUUUAAAAAUUUCUUUAAAGGGGACAUAUUAUGCACACUUACAGGUUUAUAUUUA